AUGUCUGAGGGUGCCACUCGCCCCUCCAACCGCAGCAGCUUCUACCCAGAGUCCUUCAUCCUGGUGGGCAUCCCAGGGAUGGAGGAAUACCACACCUGGCUGGCCGUCCCCUUCGGCCUGAUGUACGUCGUGGCUCUGCUGGGCAACGCCUCUCUGCUGUUCCUGAUUGCGACCGAGCGCCGCCUGCACCAGCCCAUGUACCUCUUCCUGGCCAUGCUGGCAGUGGCUGACCUGGUCUUGUCGUCCACCACGGUCCCCAAGACCCUCGGUGUGCUCCUGGCGUACUCGAAGGAGAUCUCCUUCGCCGCCUGCCUCGCCCAGAUGUUCUUCACCCACGUCAGCUUCAUUGCGGAGUCCACCAUCCUGUUGGCCAUGGCCUUCGAUCGCUACGUGGCCAUCUGCGACCCGCUGCGGUACGCGACUAUCGUCACCCCCGUGGUGAUUGCCAAGAUCGGCCUGGCUGCUCUGGUGAGGAGCUUCUGCGUGAUGGUGCCCACCCUCUUCCUCCUCCGGAGACUCCCGUACUGCGGGCGGAGGGUGAUGCCCCACUCCUACUGCGAGCACAUGGGCAUCGCCCGCAUGGCCUGUGCAGACAUAGCGGUCAACAUCUGGUACGGGUUCACGACCACCCUCUUGUCUCCAGUGCUGGACCUGGUGCUCAUCACUGUCUCGUACAGCCUCAUCCUCAGAGCGGUCUUCCGGCUCCCGUCGAAGGACGCCCGCCUCAAGACCAUCGGCACCUGCGGCUCCCACCUCUGCGUCAUCCUUCUGUUUUACACGCCGGCCUUGUUCUCCUUCUUUGCGCACCGGUUUGGCCGCGGCAUCCCCCGGCACGUCCUCAUCCUCUUGGCCAAUAUUUAUUUAUUAAUCAGGAACCAAGCAGAAGUUAAGCGCGGCACAAGUAUGAAGGAUGACACCCAACGGGGGGAGGAGCAGCAACUACCCUGGAAGAUGACGUUGCAAUUCGAGUACAACCAGAACACCGGAAAAGUGGCCAGAUGUGAACUCGCUGAAGUGCAGGAAUGA